CGGCGACAUUAGCUAGCGCUCGCUCUGCUCUCUUUAACGGGGAAACAGCGGACUACAAGAGACUGAACUUGUAUCUGCCUCUUUCCAAACGGACUCGUUCAACUUUCGCUCACACACGGGGAAAACAAAAAAAGCCGGGAAAAUUUUAUUAAUCCUUUUUUUAAAGAAAAAUUUAAUAUAAAAUUAUAGCAAGAAGAAGAAGAAGAAGAAAAAAAAAAGGAACCUGAACUUUACAGCUGGAACAAACCGCGGCGGCGGCGGCGGCGGCGGCGGGAGAAGAGGUUUUAUUUAGUUGAUUUUCUGUGGUUGUUGGUUGUUCGCUCGUCUCACGGUGAUGGAAGCUGCACAUUUUUUCGAAGGAACCGAGAAGCUGCUGGAGGUUUGGUUCUCCAGGCAGCAGCCCGACGCUAACCAGGGAUCUGGGGACCUUCGCACCAUCCCAAGAUCCGAGUGGGAUAUACUUUUGAAGGAUGUGCAAUGUUCAAUCAUAAGUGUGACAAAAACUGACAAGCAGGAAGCUUAUGUACUCAGUGAGAGUAGCAUGUUUGUCUCCAAGAGACGUUUCAUUUUGAAGACAUGUGGUACCACCCUCUUGCUGAAAGCACUGGUUCCUCUGUUGAAACUUGCUAGGGAUUACAGUGGGUUUGACUCAAUUCAAAGCUUCUUUUAUUCUCGUAAGAAUUUCAUGAAGCCUUCUCACCAAGGGUACCCACACCGGAAUUUCCAGGAAGAAAUAGAGUUUCUUAAUGCGAUUUUCCCAAAUGGAGCAGCAUAUUGUAUGGGACGUCUGAAUUCUGACUGCUGGUACUUGUAUACUUUGGAUUUCCCAGAGAAUCGGGUAAUCAGUCAGCCAGAUCAAACCCUGGAAAUUCUGAUGAGUGAGCUUGACCCAGCAGUUAUGGACCAGUUCUACAUGAAAGAUGGUGUUACUGCAAAUGAUGUCACUCGUGAGAGUGGAAUUUGUGACCUGAUACCAGGUUCUGUCAUUGAUGCCACACUGUUCAAUCCUUGUGGGUAUUCGAUGAAUGGAAUGAAAUCGGAUGGAACUUAUUGGACUAUUCACAUCACUCCAGAACCAGAAUUCUCUUAUGUUAGCUUUGAAACAAACUUAAGUCAGACCUCCUAUGAUGACCUGAUCAGGAAAGUUGUGGAAAUCUUCAAGCCAGGAAAAUUUGUGACCACCCUGUUUGUAAAUCAGAGUUCUAAGUGUCGCACCGUGCUCUCUUCACACCAGAAGAUUGAAGGUUUUAAACGCCUGGAUUGCCAGAGCGCUAUGUUCAAUGAUUACAAUUUUGUUUUUACCAGUUUUGCUAAGAAGCAGCAACAGCAGCAGAGUUGAUUAAGAAAAAUGAGGAAGAAACGCAAAAAGAGAACACUCGUAGAAGGUGGUGGUUGCUUCUUAGACACUGAUUCCGGGGGCCAUGCUUUCCUUCACCACCACCUCGUAGUAGCAGAAAGCCCUAGAUGUAAAGAUAGUGUAAUCAUUUUGAAUUGUAUGCAUUAUUAUAUCAAGGAGUUAGAUAUCUUGCAUGAAUGCUCUCUUCUGUGUUUAGGUAUCCUAUGCCACUCUUGCUGUGAAAUUGAAGUGCAUGUAGAAAAAACCUUUUACUAUAUGAAACUUUACAAAAGUUGUGAAAGAAAUUCAAUUUGGUUUACAAACAAUGUGAUGUUUCUCCAGGUCUCAGCCAAAAUUCCCCACAGACAAGGCUUUCGUCCUCAUUAGGUAAAUGGCCUCAGCCUAACACCUGGGACUGUUCUAUUAAAUUGCUGCCAGGAUCUCACAUCCAGUUACCUCCACUUUCUAGAAUGUUUUCUCUACUAAUGUACUGAAACCAAUUUCUACUUCAUGCAAAUGUUUUUGCAACUGAGAAUUCAAGUUUUUCAUGCAUAAGUCAAGCCUCUUAAGAAAAUAACAGCAGUUAACAACUUUGUUCACUGUCGUUUUGACAUUACUGCCUGCACUUGUAUUUCUUGAUUUUGCUUCCUCCCUCGAUCUGUCUACCCACCACUCCCCCAGCCACUCCAAUAAAGCAAUACACUUACACUGUGGGUUUAUACAGACUGAUCUUACGCCCCAGGGGGUGGAGGGCCGAACCCCGGACUUCCUUUUUUCUUGAUGUUCAGGGGGUUUGGCUUCAUUUUUUAUUGACACAGAUUCUUAGAAUUUGGUAACAUCACAUUUCUAGCGUUGCCUUAGAUUUGGUCUAGAACAUCUGGCAAUGCUGUUUGGCAGCCGCAUGCCAGGUAUCUGCACACUGAGAAACAACAUUUCAGAAACACCAUGCCCUUUUUGACUUGGAUAACAGAGGGAUUUUUAUCAUGAAGCUUCUCAGCAAAACAAAGUUUAUACUAGACUCUUCAAGUCAAGUCAACUCAUGGUUUAAUUUUUCACGUGUAGCAGCCACUUCCACUAAGCCAUGCCAUAAAUGGUUGAAAUGGAAUUACUUUGUGAAUUUCUGAGUCGUGAUUCAUGUGAUUUGUCCCUCGGCUUUCUUUCACCAUCCGUGGUUUCAUAGUCAAGUGGAUGGCUGGCUGCCCAGAGAUUUGUUGAGGCUCUGCAGAUAGAGUGGAGCAGAAUGUUGUAGAAAACAAUUUCCACAUGUUCACUGAGAACAAAAACUUAACAGUACACGCUUUCAAGAGUUGGCAUGUUUUAGCUACAUUUGCAAAUACUGUGAGGUUUAAGCAUCUGAAAAGAAGGUUUGACUAAAUUUUGUAUCCUUGUCCUCAGUUUUUUAAUUUACUCCUGGAUUGACACAGUGAUGUUUUUGUUCCUUCCGUAUUUAUAAGUGAAACACAUUUUUGAGUGUUUCUACACAAAACCUACUUGGUUGAAAAUCAAGUGGUUGGAACAUUUAACUUUUUUAUUUUCCACAUGCUGUUGAUUGAAAGUUUCAUUUAAGAAACUUUUGAUCAAUGUUAUCAGUUUGAUUCUGUAAUUAACGCACAGACAGUAUCGUGGUUUUUUUUUUUUUGGUGCUGUUUUGAGGACCAAUACUGAAAGUGGGUUUUUUUUCUCCCUUGAACAGUGUCCCAAUAGCUUUGACAUUUGUUGGCUUUGAGGUCUGAUUUUGUUUCUUCUAAUUUAAAAUUUCUAAUGUUAAAACUAAACAAAUUUUUAUGGAACAAAGCCUAGAAAAAUGAAAAUUGUAGAUUGAAUAGUGAUUAAAUUAUCUUAGUGUGUACGGUAAAGGAGGGAAAUUUUUUGGUAUCACAAUUUCUCUUCAUGGUGUUGGACUUAAAUCAGCUUAAAUGUAUUUCUGUACCACAAUUUAAGCUUCAAUAAAAGUUUGCUUAAUUCAUUGA